CCUAUAUAGAGUAGUACGUACGUACUGCUUAGAAGCUAGCCAUGGCCAUCACCUUAGAUGUUCAGUUUUAUUGCUUCCUCUUCUUCACAUGGCUUGCUUCUACCCUCCUUGUUCGAUCCCUAGCCAAAAAAAGCUUGAAAUCUAAAAGAGUUUUUCAGUACCCUCCGAGCCCCAGAGCAUUACCCAUCAUUGGCCACCUUCAUUUACUGAGUUCUGUCUUACCCAAGUCCUUCCAAACCCUAGCUUUGCGCCACGGCCCACUCAUGCGCCUCUCCCUUGGCAAAUCAACUGCCAUUGUUGUCUCCAAUUCCACCACUGCCAAAGAAUUCCUUAAAACCCAUGAGAUGAACUUCGUGUCCAGGCCGGCUUUCGGGGCCUCAGACUUUGAUAUAUACAAAGACUCAAAGUUUGUGAAUGCCGAGUAUGGCGCUUAUUGGCGCUUCAUGAAGAAAGUAUGCAUGACUGAGCUUCUUGCAGGUACAACACUCAUUCGCUUUACUGAUAUUCGAAAGGAAGAGAUGGUGAAAUUAUUGAAUAUACUUUCUAGGUGUUCGGAAGAUGGAAGGGAUUGUGACGUAGGUAGGGAGAUAAUGACUAUGACCAACAACGUGAUAUGCCGGAUGGCGAUGAGCACGAGGUGCUCACGGAACGCAGACGAAGGAAAGGAGAUAUGGGGUUUGGUUAAAGGGAUUUUAGACGUUGCACCCAAGUUCAGCUUGGGAGAAAUGUUGGGUCCUUUGGUAAAGUAUGAUUUGUUCGGGUAUGGGAGGGAGCUUACAUCAUUGAUGAUGAAAUUUGAUAGGAUGGUGGAAGGGAUCAUGAUGGAACAUGAGAAGGAGAGAGAAAUUGGUGGUGAAAAAGAGAGCAAGGAUAUGAUGGACAUUCUCUUAGAGAUCCAUGUGGAUGAAAAUUCUGAGGUGAAGCUAAGUAGAGAUGAUAUCAAGUCAUUUCUCAUGGAAAUGUUCAUGGCGGGUACAGAGACAAUUAGUGUGGCCAUGCAGUGGACGCUAGCAGAGAUCGUCAACCAUCCAGAUGUGUUCAAGAAGGUUAGAGAGGAGAUCAAUGAGGUUGUGGGGUCAAACAGAUUAGUCCAAGAAUCAGACGUCCCAAAUCUUCCUUAUUUGCAAGCAGUAGUCAAAGAAAGUCUAAGGCUUCACGCUCCAGCGCCGUUGAUUUUCCGGAAAUGCAAGGAGGAUUGCAAGAUCAACGGUUAUGAUAUAACGUCAAAUGAAAGGAUCAUAUUCAAUGUGUAUGCGAUCAUGCGGGACCCAGAAGCAUGGGGUAAUGAUGCUCAUGCGUUUGUACCGGAUAGAUUUUUGGCCAGCUCAAUGGACGAUGGUGAUCAGCAACAGAUGGUGGGUUUCAUGGGUGGCCGUGAAUACAGUUUUCUUCCAUUUGGUAGUGGAAGGAGAGGAUGCCCUGGUGCGUCACUUGCAUCGGUGGUGAUGCACGCUGCCAUCGGAGCGUUGGUCCAGUGCUUUGACUUUAAAGUCAAAGGUGGGGAAAAGCUUGAUUUGAUUGAAGGGCCGGGACUUUCUUCUGGCAUGGCUCACCCACUACUGUGUUACCCUAUUACACAUGUUAAUCCAUUGAAACUCACAACGGUAUCUGGUUAACAAAUUAGUGUUCUUCCUUGUUUAAUGUUGGGGUUUUUAUGUAUCACUAAAUAAUUUCUCAGCUUAAUUAAUUUAGAUUUUUUUUUUUAUUUUUUUUAUUUGAGUACUGAUGUGUGAGGAUGUUACAGCUGUUUAGCUUGAUCAAUAAUAAGUUCUCUUUGUUUUUGUCGUGCUA